CUGUCCAUCAAGGCCACCGUACAACUCCGUGACGUCAUCCAAAACAACAUUAUUGCCCGUCUGCUGCUACGCUCCGUCGUGACAUGAUGCAUUAGUGAAACAUCGUCAAAAUAAAAUUUCGUUUUCUGCAGUCGUCCGCACACAGUUAAACCGCACACGAUAAAUUAUUUUAUCGCGUUUAGAAAGCAUUUAUUUCUGCUCGCGAUUCAUUUUUUAAACGUAUGUAAUGAGCUAGAUGCUAACACUUUAUUAUCCUGCAGGUCUUUAUGAUAAAAUUUUGAUUACCUGCUCAUAAAGUGUGCGUUUGCACUUUUUUCAGUGUAUACCUGUUGGAAAAGAUUGCAAAUUUGAGUAGCACUGAAACCGAAAACAUUUCUAUAGAUAUCGCACGUGACCAACAGUGAUCAUUCACGCGAUGAUGGCUGUCAGUUGUUUCUUUAUGCAAUGAAUGAGUUGCAGUAAAUUUGCGUUUUGUGAGGAAGCUCGAGCAAUUCAGGUACAGGAAUGACGGACACGCUCGUCCUCUCGUUCCAGACCCAGCUGUCUGCGGUCAUGGAAACCGUUCUCAAGACAACCAUGUACGAAAUCACGAGGUUAGUGGAGGAGAGCUUUUUGGAUCAAGUGGAUCGGGGCAAACGAGAGGCGGAGGUGUUGAGACGAAGACUGAUCUUGUCAGAAACCAAACUGAGGGAGCGUGAGAGGUUUAAAAGGGUGAGGUGUGUGGACUGUGGUAGAGCAGCAAUCUCCAAGAGAAGACUGCUGAACAGAGGCCCUGAAACACAGAGCAGUUUGGAACAACCCCUUGUUUUAAAGCAGGAGAAUUUAUCUGAAAGUGGCUGGAGAUGUAGUGCCAAAGAAAGCACAGUGCCGAACCAAGAGACGUCAUCAGCGGUUCCGAAAUCUAAACAAAAUGAUGGGCUAAACGUUGGAGGAGAAGUGAAGGAGGAGAUCACAGAGGUUAGAGACACACAAGCCUGUCUAGUAAUACGCUCUCAAAUACACAAUCAGAAAAAUCCUUCAAACAGUGUGGAAGAGAGCAAUGGACUCCAGAAUACAGAUUCGGACUGUAAAUCCCUUAAGGACAAAACAUGCGGGGGCACAUUGUCUUGUACUGAGAGGCUUGCCGAUGAGGAUGAGAUGACACACAGAAACCAGCCAAAAUGGUUUGAUUCUAAACCAGAUCCUGAAACACGCACAUCUGUUUCUCAGCCGGACCCAGUGAGAAUUUCACCAUCUUCAGAGUGUCAGGGUUCGAGACUGCCCAUUAAACAGGAAGUUGUUGUGAUGCUUCCACCAGACUGGGAGGAGAUGGAGGAGAGGAUUCCUCCUCAAAUGGCUAAAAAAGCACAGUUGGAGGUUCAGCAUGGAGCUCAAGCAGAGAAGCAAGUAUCGUGUUCUGGGCCUCCUGUCAAGGUUCAGUCUCUUGCACCACAACCCGUCCGGCAUCUGCAUCCGUCCAGCCAGCCAUGCAGAUCCCCACUUAGGAAGAACACAAAAAUCGUUCCACACCCUAAUGUAGUAGUGCCAGAUCAAGGCCCCAUUCCUGUCUCUAAAGACCUUCCUACACCAAAACUAUCUCAUGUCCAUCAAUACCCUGAAGGAGCCGGUACAGGUGAAAGAAGUUUCAACACCAUAAACCCAGGAAGAAGUGGCCCACAGGUGGUCAGUAUAAGAAUUCAAGGGGACACGCGGUACAAUUCGGCGAGGACGAUGCACAAUUGCAGCCAAUGUGGAAAAGGCUUCUCUCACCUGUGUCACCUCAGAGCUCACCAGCAGAUCCACACAGGAGAGAGGCAGUUCUGUUGUACAAUUUGCGGUAGGAGCUUCACAAAACUGAGCAACUUAAAAGCACACCGCAGGGUCCACACGGGAGAACGACCCUACAUCUGUACAGACUGUGGGAAAAGGUUUACCCAGAAAUGUAACCUGAAAAGACAUCAGAGAAUUCACUCUGAUUUUACAAACUCCAAUAUAUGACAAGCAGUGGAAGUAUAAUAGAGGUAGAAUCAAAGAGGUGUGCUCAUCAUCUGUCAUCUGCGUUCUUACUAUCAUGUGAACUUUUUGGAAGUGUGCUAAAUUUAAAGCCGAUUUUCUUUUGCAUUGCUACACAAGUGACUGGAUUACUCAGGGGUAAAUAGGUACUAUCAUAUAUAUGAAGCGAAAGUUUUUGAUGAACAUAUAACGGAGAGCAUUCGGUUAAUAUCAUUGUCUUGUCGGAGGUGGUGUUUAGCGGCUUGUGCAGCUGAUCCCUGUCGCCAGUUUACCGCUUUUCCUUCCUUUCACCACUUUUGAUAGGUACUGACCACUGCAGACCAGGAACAUAUCACAAGAGCUGCAGUUUUGGAGAUGCUCUGACCCAGUCGUCUAGCCAUCACAAUUUGGCCCUUGUCAAAGUCGCUUAGAUCCUAACACAUUUUUCCUGCUUCUAACACUUUUAUUUAUAUAGCACCUUUAGGGGCGGUUCACAUUUCGCGUCUAAAUAUAAGGCGGACGCGCCUGGAUAAAACAAUAUGAGCGCGCAUACCGCAUGCCUACAUUUGAAAUAACAAACUUGAGUGUGCAAAAGAUGUGAAAUGUUUCUGCUGCCCAAGGUGCUUCACAAUAACACAAUACAAAGCAAGCAGUCAUACAAGAAUUGGUUAGUAUGUACAACAUAACCAUAAAACCGUAUAAAAAUCAAGACCAAGAUUUAACAAUUAACAAGGAUGAACAAAUUAAAAAAAUAUGAAUAGGCCUGAGAAAAGAGAUUACUUAUUUUCAGAGAUGACUUAAAUAAAAUGGGGAGAAGGAAAACCUAAUUGACCCAGGUAACAAAUUCCACAUCUAAGGGGCAAACACAGAGAAGGCUCUAUCACCUUUAGAUUUCAAGCGAGACAAUGGAAUGGCUAAUAAUUUGUCAGAGGAUGAUCUGAGGGUUCUUUGAAUAGAAUAUGGACAAAAGGUCUCAGAUAUAAACUGGAGCCAGACCAUGCAAGGCCUUAAAUACAAAAACUAAAACCUUGUAAUCAAUCUUUAGGUCGCCAAAAGAUAGAAAAAAUAGUAAAACUCCUAAGCUGGAAAAAAUAGCUCUAACAGAGUUUAUUUGCUUGUCGAAUUUUAACACAACACAUAGGUGCGAAUAUUUGUUUGCACAGGACCUAAACUGGGAGUCAGACCAUGUUCCAAAUGGGGGGCCCCAAAUAGAAUUACUUCCGUUUUUUUUCCCCGUUUAGCUGAAGAAAGUUUUCACCCAUCCAACCACCUAUCCUUUUGGUGUCAUUUAUGCAGAUAAAGAUUUUGAUCCAGGUUUUAUUGACAUAUGCAACUGGAUAUCAUCCACAUAAAUGUGAUGUUGAACCUUAUGAAAUUCAAAGAUGUAACGUAGGGAAGAUAUAUAAGGAAAUAAAAUUGGGCCUAAAACGGAGCCCUGUGGCACCCCACACGUAACAGAUGCGGGCAAUGAAUUAAACUGCGUUAGAAGCAGAAAAAAUGUGCAAGCGUAAGGAUCUGAGCGACUUACUGGCUGCUUUUCUUCAUUAUCAAGUACAUAUAUAUAUUUUUUGUUUUUUAUUAAGAGAAUUUUAUAUCUAUUACCCUUAUUUUUGUAUACAAAAUAAUUUAAAACAUUUAAGUAACCUAAA